CCAGCUGUUCAAUAGGGUUUUAUAUUAAUUUCAAAAAAUGUAUUUGGUUAUUAACUUUGCGCUCAUCGGGGAGCACAGCACAACUCGGGCUCCACUGAGCUCGUGUUUUGAAGUGCUCGGCCAAUAUAUAUAAACCUAUAUGCGACAUGCCAGCCAGACUGUCAUUGACGUUUGACUUUGGCUCUCUCUUUUUAAAUGCCCCGCUCUGAUCUGCGAUUUGAAACUGACCCUCGUUGAAGUGCGUUGAAAAUCGCUGUUUAUUUUAUUGCGGUGCCCGCGAAAUUGCGUUCUGUUUUUUAAUUGUAGUGGGCCUCCGAAAAUUGCAGUCACGCCUCAAUUACUGGACUCUUUUGUUCCCAUUGGCCUGUCGCAAAAAUUGCGCAAACAUAUAUGAAAUUGGCGAUGUCUGGCAAUCAAAAUGAGUUUCCGAUCUGUUUCUCUGACCCAAAUUAAGCCUUGCUGAAAACACAUAUUCUCAUUCACAUCUGUCGACCUUCCAUGCAGCUCAGCUAUCUACGACUAUCUGACUUUAUCGCAGAUUUUAUAUCAGACUAAUUGCGACGAGGUCGUUGGAUUGCCUGGGGAGCUCCUUCGUAGUUGAUUUGAAGUCUAGUAGAACGACACUCGAAGCGAAUCAAAGUCAUGGCACAAUAAAGCGCCACUCCGGGGUUCUUCAACUCGAGUGCCCAUAACCCAAAGCUAAUCAAUCAAACCACCGAAGAUCGAGAUUUAAUCAAGCCCCCUACUGCGUCUCCGAAUAACGAAUACGGCUGGCUGCAUAAUUUCCAAAUUACUUUUGUGAUAUAAGCGGGUUUAGUAUUUGCCGAGCGGGUUUUGUUUUUGGGCCUUAUCAAGACUUGCUAAUGUCUGAAUCACGGCCAUUCAAACCAGGAGAGUCGGGCGAGAGUUGUCUUGACGCUAAGACGCUUUUUGGAAUGUGAAUGAUCUCACAUCUGAAUAAUGAACAGGUGCUGGCUGGCAACUAAUGUGCGGGUGCUGUCAGCAAACUCCUCUUCACUGUUCGCAUUGCUAUUGCUUGUAUGCAAAACUUAUGAAAAAUGAUGACUUAAGAGAGAGUUUAUUUUGGUAAUUCAUACUCGACCAGUACGAAGAAAAUUAGCACAAUCAUUGACGUCACUGGCAAAAUGUUCACACGCUGUCAAUGUCGAGAUUGUCACACCCAGCGACAAAACAAUAAAUAAUGUAUAAUAAGUAAAAACAAAGUCCGAACCCGCACGCAAAAAUUAGUCAGAGCGCCGAAAUUGAUUUCACAUGAAGGUGUAGCUUUUCGGCUAUCAAUAGAUGGUAACAUAAACAGCUUUGGCCGAUCAAGAACUGAGAUUUGUGGCAGAUUAGAUUGUAUUGAAAUUAAAUUCCGUUGUCACAAAUACCCAGUUCUUGGAGAAAUAGGGUUUAGUUGCUUUAAAAUACUUCAAUCACUCGGUUGUACGUCAUGGGAUUGCACGAAAAGCUAGAAAAGUUGCGCUAUACACACCUUCACAAAAGGAGUCCCCGUCAGCGAAGUUUUGCGGUAAGCUUGGGGUGAUCUAGAAGAGUCUAGCACAAAAUUUACGUUUAGAAGUGCACAACUGUAAAAUGUAUUAUUUUUUAUAUACAUAUACACUUUGUAUUCAAAUACACAUUGUUCGGAGAAUUGUAAAAGUUGGAGUCUUUAAAAUGGUUAAGGAUCCAGCAGGCGUCGCCUUUGCCUUCAUCGGUUUUCAUCCGUGGGGUCGUUGGUCAGUUUCAUUUCGUUGCCAGUCAUUGUUUUAUUUCGUUCCGUAGGAGUACAGAGCUCCCCAAAGCAAAAAUUCGUAUUUAUCCACCCCAACCGGGUUUUAUUCCGUGUUUCGUCGUUCGCUUCUUUUCGUUGGUCGGUAGCCGUGGAGAACGUGCUUCGUAUUUGGAGGGUUUAGCCAAAAUUAAGCGUAUAUCGGUUGUCAGAAUGAGUAGCCACCAGUGCAGCCUGGGAAAGCUGGCGCAGCGCGGCGCCAGCCUGCAGAUCUCCCCGUUGGCCACCACGAUGCGGAGCUUCUACCACAGCCGGAGCAGGCCGAUGGUGGUCCAGAGCCUGGGCCAGCUGAGCCAGUGGUCCAAGCCGGCCGUCCCUGACAAUGGUCUUUUCGGGCGCAGCCGCGUGCGCAAGAUCGUCGGGGUGAAGAAGACACUGGUCAACCAGAUGCAGGGCGUGGCCCCCAGCCUGGGGCCCUCGAAGGUGGCGCCCUACAAGAUCUACGGCAAGACGCGGCUGUUCUCCUCCUCGAGCAGCCUGCAGAGUCGCUCGCAGCUGCAGCAGCACCCGGAGCAGGAGGAGGACCAGGAGGAGUACUCGGACCGGGAGUCCCUGCCGCCCAACACCACGGCCUCGCUGUCGGCCACCCAGAGGCGCUACAACCAGGCGACGGGAUUCGGCAAGGGCAUGGCCAUGCAGGCGGCCAGGGACAUCAGCCAGUCCAUUCAGGAGGAACUGAUGGUGGUGGACGCCGGCACGCGCGACAUGCUCAACUGCGACCGGGGCCGCCAGACGGUGCGCGACUACCACGAUCAGUUGACCCACCGGCCGAAGAGUCUCGCCGAUCCCAUGUCGGGCUGGAAGCAUCCGCGGCCCCUCAAGCACCUCUCCAGUGUCUCGGCGAGCAGUGUUGGCGAGAGCAGCAGCAGUGGGCCGGUGGCCCAGUCCGAGGAGCAGGUGGACCGCCAGGUGCGGCCCCGUCGCCGUCAGAUAGUCAUUGGCCAGGCCAAUCGCAACCGCGAGACCCAGGCCAGGUCGCUAACACCUCUGCCUCAGUUCAGUGCGCAACCCAAGUUCGAGCUGCACGCCGCCAGUGCCAAGGAAAAGUUCUCGGAGCAGCGCAGCGAACUGCGUCCGCCGACCAGCUGGCACAGCCCGAAGCCAGCCGUCGAGGAGAAGCCCGAGGAUCUGCUGAUGGACGUGGCCUUGGCCCGCGCCGUCCGACCCGAUAUCACAGUGGCCAGGGGCCUCCCGAAGUCUGGAGAGAACCACGACACCGAAUCGGAUUCGUGGUACGAGCAGCCGAAGGCGGAGCGGGACUUCCUGAAACAGACCAUCCUCGGCGGAGGCAGGAGUCGCCAGAGGGCGGGACAACCGCGCUUGGAUGACCUCCACUACGAUUCGGCCGACAAUGCGGCCCAGAUAAGCGCCUCGCAGCAGGUGAUUAACCAGAAGUACGCUGGCUUUCGCAAGUCGGUGAGGGGAAAUCAGAAGCAGAUGAUACGCCAGAUAGUGGAGCCGGUGAAUCCGACGCCGCAGCUCAGUCCGAGUGCGCGGGCCAUGUCGGAGCCCCGUGACCCGCGAAAGAGGCGUGGCAGCAUGAGGCAGGACGUCGGGCGACAGGUCACUCCCAAGUUUUUCGGGGCAUACCGCCGGUCGGAUGCAGGAGAGCAGCGGGAAGAGGGUGAAGAUGAGGACGAGACCGGGGACGGGGAUAGCGAGGAGAGGCCCAGGGAAUCGGGGCUAUCCAGGUCGCUCAGGCCAGGCCAAACCAGGUCCAACUGGCCAUCGCCCCACAGCUCACUGCACCAGAUGACCACGCGGAGCGACACCCGCCUGGAUUCGGAGCAAAGGGGACGCGGCAGGAAUGUGAUGGGCGAGAAGCGGGGACCCAAGAAGAUGAUGGAGCCCCCCGCGGAGCACAACGACAUCGGGAUGCCGCAGGGAUACAAGAAGGAGUCCGCCGUGCAGCGCCUGGGAAGUGCCUCGUCCAAGCACAACAGUCGCGCCUUCAACAGCUACUAAGCACGAUAUACAAUCGAGAAGUGCUCCCCCCAAUCACCUCCCUGACAGUCCAAUCCAAUCCAACCCAAUCCCUGUUCGUGUCCACAGUCUCCCAGCCCGACAAUAGCACUGAGUCCUCGCCAGACGGAAAUUUGCGCAUGGAGUUGUCAAAAUCGUUAGAAGUCACCCAAAUUGAAGCCUGACAAUCCCAUUGGCAAAAGUGUAGUAAUUUAAACGUAUAACGAAAGUGUCUCAAAUAAAAUCGAUUACAGUUGUGUAAAUAUUUUUCUAA